UAUGUGGGUCCCACACAAUUUUAUUCUCUCUUCUCAACUACUCCUAGGUUCCAAUCACACACACCUUAAAGAAACGAAAACAUUUGUUGUCUUGUUGAAAUGAAAAAGAAAGAUCUAUGGUACAAUAUGAGCUUCAACUUGGCUCAUGAUAAUAACUCUUCAUUUCACAGAUGCACAUUCAUCUUCUUCAUUCUCGUUAUAAGUUUAAGAUUGAGUUGCUCUUCUCAAGUUGAUGAGGUAACAAGGUUACCUAAUCAGCCCAAAGUUGGAUUCAAACAAUAUGUCGGGUAUGUUUUCCUUGAUCAUAACAGAGCCCUGUUCUACUAUUUCGUCGAAGCUCAGAUAAAUCCUGCUUCAAAACCACUCGUACUUUGGCUCAAUGGAGGUCCCGGCUGUUCGUCCAUUGGACAAGGAGCAUUUGGUGAACAUGGUCCUUUCAAGCCUACAAAACAGAGGUAA